AUGCAUCAUGACAUGGUUGAGCAAGAUGACAUGCUUAAUGGUUUCAAGAUGAAUUAUGGUGUGAAUGAAGUUGCCAUUAAGGGGAAUGAUUCUAUCAAGAAUAGGGCUACUAUCACAUAUUUGUUAGAGGAAAAGACACAUGAUGAGGAGGUUAUAAAAGGGGGAAAAACAAAGGCUAUAAAUAGUAAUGAAGUUGCCAAGUUUGUUAAGAAAAAUUCUAAUGACAACCCUACUCGAUUUAGAGAGCAAGGAAUCGUAGAUUUGGGUUUCUAG